CUCACUUCCAUGCUUUUUUUUUUUGGGUUUUGGAGCCAGGAUUUGCAGGAGAGUUAUGUCAGAGAGACACUGACCAGUGGUUUUUCUUUGUCCCUCGGCAAGAGAGAGAAGCCCAUGGAGGAAGGCCUAAUCGGCUCACGACUACCGGAUAUUGGAAAGCCACUGGUUCUCUGGGCUAUGUAUACUCGAAUAAUGGAAUAAUUGGAGUGAAGAGAACCAUGGUUUUCUGCAGAGGAAGAGUUCCAGGCGGAAGAAAGACUGAGUGGAAGAUGAAUGAGUGUAGAGCCAUUGAAGCAGAAGCUUCUUCAUCAAGUAAUGCAACUCCACCAAAGGUAAAAUAUAUAGUUGAUUUGGGAACAGUGGAAGUGUUUAAACACUAG